CUUUAAUUGUGGUCCAUUAGGAAAUUGCAUCACUAUUUGUGCGAAAUUCCCUUUUUCUAUCAACAACUUUGUCCGCACAUACACUCCAAACCGUUUUGUUAACAUAAUUCUAGUGUUGAUUUCCAUUCCCUGAAUGUAACACUAAUUGCAAACAUGAAAUAUCUUGUGUUUUUCUACUGUUUAGCACAUAUACUGCCUCAAAGUCUAGUCGGUGUGCAACAAGUGGUUCAGUCGAGUGCUUCCGAUGUGGUGACGGUUUACCGUAACAACAACUGCCGGUACCGAACGUACGGCAACUGUAGGGUGCGAUCAGUGCCCUGUCCCGCGUCCGCUCAGUGCCAUUUGACAGCACCGGUAGUCCAACAGCAACACGUCGAUGUGAUCCAACAACACGUCGAUGUGCCUCAAGUGGUCCAAAGCCAUGUGGAUGUCGUGCAACAGCACGUCGAUGUGGUUCCUCUGGUCCAACAGCACGUGGAUGUGAUUCAUGUGCCGCGACAGACCAAGAGGAUAACCGCCUGUCCUCAGGGCCACUACCUGUCACCCGAUGGCACGCAUUGCAAACACAUCGACUGCGACGUCGGCUUCACAUUCAGCGAUGAAUACCUGAAAUGCGUUGACAUUAAUGAAUGCGAGCGACACGUCUGUCUUCACGACGAGUCCUGUAUUAAUACUCACGGAUCGUAUAUCUGCCGAAAGAUCUGCACUCAAUCCGGAUAUCGAUUGGAUGUCAGAACCAAUACAUGCGAAGACAUCAACGAAUGUAUAGAAGGAACACAUCUUUGCGGUUCUCAACAGACUUGUAUUAACAGACCCGGAGGUCACGAAUGUCAGUGUCCGCCAGGUUUUAGGCUCAAUGGUCCGCACUGUGAAGAUAUCAAUGAAUGCCUUCACUCACAUGCCUGUCCAGCGGAGACCUCCUAUUGUAAUAACAUUCCCGGAAGCUAUCGGUGUGUCUGUAAGACUGGAUUCAAAGACGACGGAAGCGGAAAGAAUUGUCUCGAUAUUAACGAGUGUCUCAAUGGGAACGGCGGCUGUUCUCACCUCUGCAUCAAUAAGUUUGGUUCAUAUGAGUGCUCGUGUCCUAAAGGCUACGAACUGUCGCCCGACGGCCGUACCUGUCUUGACGUCAAUGAGUGCGCAAAGUAUGGCUCAUCACAUCUCUGUCCGCCAGAGACGUCCAACUGUGUCAAUACUCCCGGUUCUUAUGUCUGCGACUGUAAGCUAGGGUUCAGAGACGACGGCAGCCGUAAGAACUGUCUGGACAUCGAUGAGUGCUCAGAGCACACACACCUCUGCCAACAGAAAUGCGUCAAUACUUUCGGCUCCUAUAAGUGUCUCUGCAAUCGAGGCUACCGUUUGGUGGAUACCCACCGCUGCGAGGAUAUAGACGAGUGUCAUGAGGGAGACUUCAUUAACUCUGUUGCCUACAGUCGAUUCAAGUCAGACAGCGGUCGACCCCAACUAUGUCAGGGUCAUUGCGAAAAUACAUUGGGCUCUUACCAUUGCACGUGUCCUCAUGGAUAUAAACUCCAAUACGAUCACCACUGCGUGGGUUAGCACUCCAUUCAAUCACACUAUAAAUUAAUUAAUGAUAACUGAUCUCAUGUGUUGAUUAAG